AUGGCCGUUAUAUCCUUCAAACAUGGUCUGCGCCCGGAAAGUAAGCUGAGACAAUCACUUACCAAGCGCCCAGCCACAGCUUUGAAAGAUUUGCGUGCCAGGAUUGAGCAGUACGCUCGUCUCGAAGACGAUCAGAUCCCCAUCGAGGUAGCGUCAACAGAACAAACAACUCGGCAUAAGAAGAGAACAGAUCGAGGAAAACACCGAGGGAUUGCAGUAAAUAAGGUGGAUAAGUCCAAAUCCCAUGAAGCCGUUGUGACUGUAUUCAAAGAGCCAAUCUAUCAAAUUCUGGAAAAGAUCAAGAGAGAGCCGUUCUUUGUUUGCCCGCCGAAAAUGUUAGGAGAUCCAGCUCGGCGCAAUCAGAAGCUCAGAUGCACUUACCACCAAGACAGGGGGCAUAUGACUCAGAGCUGCAAGGCACUGAAGCAACACUUGGAAGACCUAGUGGCAGCUGGACACCUAAGGGAUUACAUUGAUCAGGAUAAGGAAAUGAACGAACCAGGGAACCCACCACCAGAAACAAACAUUGAGCAACCACCUCGGCUAAUAUUAAAUGUGAUCCACGGGAUAACGAUUCAGGAAUCUAAGGAGGCACUGAAGGAAGAGAUUGCUAAGGCUGCGCAAAUUCAGCGGGUCAUGUGA